AUGUCCACUGUAAUUCUGGGCGGAGGCAUCAUCGGCCUCUCGACGGCCUAUUACCUCUCGCUGGCGCGAGGCCCGUCACCAGCAAUCCACAUCGUCGACUCCGCGCCCGCACUGCUCGCCUCGGCGAGUGGUUUCGCCGGAGGAUUCCUCGCGGCAGACUGGUUCAGCCCGUCCGUGGCAUCGCUGGGCGCGCUCUCGUUCCGCUUGCAUCGCGAGCUGGCCGAGAAGCAUAAUGGCCCGCGCAGGUGGGGGUACGCGGGGAGCCACACGUACAACCUGAGCAUCGAUGAGCGUGGCGUCGCGGGGAAGUCGACAGGCAAGCAAGAGAGGAAGGAUGACUGGUUGCGUGAAGGGACGAGUCGGGCCGAGUCGGCGGGGUCGAACCCUGAAGCGAACGGGCGUCGCGACGCCGGUGGUGGGGAUGGUGGUGGGGAGGGCGAGGUGCUCAAUCCUGAUGGAUCCCCUGCUGUAUGGACUCCGCAGGCGGGCGGGACGCUCGAGACGAUUUCAGGCCCGGAAAACUGCGCGCAGGUCGAGCCGCGAGAGCUGUGCGAGUUCCUCCUUGACGAGUGCACGAAGCGAGGAGUCGAGGUCCAUCUCUCGACCAAGGCAACCGGAAUCAUCACCGACGACAACGGGGUUCUGAAGGGGCUCCGAUUGCAGUCCACAAACAACGCCGGUGAGGCCGGGGCCGGAGAACUCGAGCUCGAGUGCAAGGACGUCCUCAUAUCCGCGGGCGCAUGGACACCGAGGGUCUUCAAGGCGCUCUUCCCCCAAAGCAAGCUGCUGAUUCCCGUCGAGCCGUUGGCCGGGCACAGCAUUGUGGUCCGGUCGCCGCGGUACAAGACGCCCUUCGUCAAUCCUACAAAGCGCCGCAUAGGCGGAGCCAGCGACGACUGGCGCUGCUACUCGAUAUACUGCGCCCCCGGCCGCCACUGGUCGUAUGCGCCGGAAGCAUUCGCGCGACUGGCGCGCAACGGCGAGACGGAGAUCUGGCUGGGCGGGCUGAACGACAGUUCGCUCCCGCUGCCGGAACUGGCGAGCGACGUAAAAGCCAUGAUCGAUCCGGAGAGCAUCAAGUCCCUUCGCAAGAUGACCGUGCAGCUGGCGGGCCUGGCGAAGGAAGGCGACCAAGCCAACCACGACGAUCUCGAGACGGUCAGGGAAGGACUCUGUUUCCGCCCCGUCAGUAAGAGAGGGACCCCAGUGCUCGGAAAGAUACCGGAGCACUACCUCGGCGUGCGGCCCGGCGGUGGCGGCGUCUGGCUAGCAUCUGGGCACGGCCCGUGGGGAAUCAGUUUGAGUCUGGGGACGGGGCUGGUCACGAGCGAAUUGAUAUCAGGGCAGAAGCCGAGUGCAGAUAUAUUAGGACUCCUAAUCGGAUAA